GCGUGCGAAUAGCCUUUGGUAAACACAUAUAACAAUGGUAAGGUCGAUGAUUGUGUUCGUUGUCAUGGUGCUUUGUGUCUAUGUGUCAUUGGCCGACAAUGAUUAUUGCCGAAUUGUAAGCUGUGGUAAACAGCCACAUAUUGCUUGCGUGUUUACUUCGACUCGACUAUCAUCGGAUUGUAAACGUAUCAUCAAAUCAGGCUUAACUUACGAAGAGAAGAAAAAAAUCGUUGAUUUACAUAAUGAGUAUCGGCAGAAAGUCGCUAGUGGAAAGGAAACAAGAGGAAGUCCAGGACCUCAACCUCCGGCAAAGAACAUGACAUAUGUUGAAUGGGAUGAUGAAUUAGCAAUCAUUGCCCAAAAAUGGGCUGAUCAGUGUACUUGGGGUCACGAUACCUGCAGAGAUGUUCAACGAUUCAAAGUCGGACAAAAUAUUGCUUAUAUCGCUACCACGGGUGACGUUAACACUUUAAAAGUCGAAGAACUGGUAAAAAUGUGGUACGACGAAGUGGAUCAUAUGAACAAAAAUAAUGUCUCAAGUUUCAAUAACAGGGGUACAAACGGGAAAGCAAUUGGACACUAUACACAACUAGUGUGGGCAAAAUCAACAAAAAUCGGCUGCGGCGCAGUGAAAUACAACGACGGAAGAUUUAAUCGUUUUCAUCUUGUUUGUAAUUACGGACCAACAGGCAAUUUUCUUGGUGAACCAAUUUAUGAGAUAAAUUAUCCGCGAAGAAACUUAAAGAACAAUAUGAAAAUGAUAACAAGUACAACAAUAUUUAUUGUGCUGAUGACCGCGCUAACUACACUAUCAACUGCUUCUAACUAUUGUCAUAUCAGGUGUCGUUAUGGUAAUUCGUGGACCGAUUAUAAUAGUCACACAACUUGUCUUUAUUCGCGACCCGGUCCGUCAGCUUAUUGUACUGGAUACCAAGGAUCCGGAUUGUCGAAUGAUGAGAAGCAUAGAAUUAUCGAUUUACACAAUCGAUUGAGACAUAAAGUUGCUAGUGGACAAGAAACUCAGGGUAUGCCUGGACCUCAACCUCGUGCAAAAUACAUGCCCUAUUUGGAAUGGGAUGACGAAAUCGCAUCAAUUGCUCAAAGAUGGGCUGAUCAAUGCACCUGGGGACAUGACUCAUGUAGAGAUAUUGAUCGUUAUCCCAUUGGUCAAAACAUCGGUUUACGCUUUACAACUGGAGAUCUGAGCAGUAUUAAUGUUGAAUCUAUAGUACAGGACUGGUACAACGAAGUGAAGAAUUUUAACAGAAAUCAAGUGUCGCGAUUCAUUAAUAAAGGAGCAGGAGGUAAUAUGAUUGGACAUUACACUCAAUUAGUCUGGGCAAAGACGACUAAAAUCGGAUGUGGUGUUUCCAAAUACAAAAAUGGCUAUGCCAAUCUAUUUUACCUUGUCUGUAAUUAUGGACCUAGUGGUAAUUAUUUAUCUGAACCGGUCUAUCAAACUGCUUAA